AUGCAUCUCUACAAUCUUACCCUUCAAAGUCAAACUGCUAUCAAUCAAGCUGUUCAUGGGAACUUUUCCGGAACACCAAAAGCGCAGGAGAUUUGUGUUGGACGAGGCUCGACAUUGCAACUGCUUUUCUGUGAUCCAACUACAGGAAAAAUCAAGGUUUUAUGCAGUCACGAGGUGUUCGGUAUCAUCCGCUCCCUUAUGCCAUUCCGCUUGACGGGUGGGACAAAAGAUUACAUCGCGGUUGGCUCUGAUUCCGGCCGUAUAGUUAUACUUGAGUACUCAUCUGAAAAGAACGCAUUUGCUCGUGUGCACCAGGAGACUUUCGGGAAAACGGGAUGUCGCCGAAUCGUUCCUGGCCAUUAUCUUGCCGCCGAUCCUAAGGGAAGAGCUGUCAUGAUUGGGGCGAUAGAGCGUCAAAAGUUGGUGUAUAUCAUGAAUCGUGACGCUGAGGCUCGCCUAACCAUCUCGUCACCCCUCGAAGCGCACAAGCAGUACACUUUAUGUUACGGUAUGGUCGGAAUAGAUGUGGGAUUCGAAAAUCCGACAUUCGCUUGCCUUGAAUUUGAUUAUGAAGAUGCCGAACACGAUCCCACCGGUGAAGCUCUUCAAUCCACCAAGCAGACUCUUACCUUCUAUGAGCUCGAUCUUGGUUUGAAUCAUGUUGUGAGGAAGUAUGCGGAACCUCUUGAUGACAAAGCGACCAUGAUCAUUGCAGUGCCUGGAGGUAAUGAAGGACCAUCUGGCGUUAUCCUCUGCUGCGAGAACUAUCUCAUUUACAAAAACUUGGGUGAACAACCGGACAUAAGAUGUCCAAUUCCGCGCAGAAGGAAUGACCUUGACGAUCCAGAUCGUUCACUUAUGAUCAUUUGUGCGGCAACUCACAAGACAAAGCUGCUGUACUUCUUCCUUUUGCAGACUGAGCAAGGAGAUCUUUUCAAGGUGACGCUUGAAACCGAUGAGGAUUUAGUGACAGAAAUGAAGGUAAAAUAUUUCGACACUGUUCCUGCUGCGAAUGCUAUGUGCAUCUUGAAAACUGGAUUCUUGUUUGUCGCUAGUGAAUUUGGAGACCACCAUCUCUACCAAAUCGCGAACCUUGGUGAUGAUCCAGAAGAACCAGAAUUCUCAUCGAAAAUGCACCUAGACGAAGGCGAAACGUUCUUCUACGGUAUUCGCGAACUAAAAAGUCUUAUUGGCGAUUUGGCGCAUGAAGAUGCGCCUCAGAUCUAUGCACUGGUUGGGAGAGGUGCACGGUCAACGCUUCGGGUUCUGAGGAAUGGUUUGGAGGUGGCUGAAAUGGCCGUCUCAGAACUUCCUGGUAAUCCAAAUGCGGUCUGGACUGUUAAGAAGAAUAUUGAUGAUAAGCACGACGCUUACAUCGUGGUAUCGUUCGUAAACGCUACGCUGGUGCUGGCCAUUGGUGAGACUGUCGAAGAAGCUAACGACUCCGGAUUUAUGGCAACAACGCCGACUCUUGGUUGUGGAAUCAUCGGUGACGAUUCGUUACUGCAGGUCAGCUUUUCUCUGUUCAGAUCUACCCAGAGGGUAUUCCGUCAUAUUCGCGCCGAUCGUCGUGUGAACGAAGUGGAAGACGCCCUGGAAAACGGACAGAUUGUGAAAUGUGCAAUGAACAGGCGGCAAGUGGCAGUGGCCUUGGCAGGAGGAGAACUUGUGUAUUUCGAGCUGGAUCCAACUGGACAGCUCAAUGAAUUUACCGAGCGAACGUCGUGGCCUCAUGAAGUGCUGUGCAUGAGUCUCAGUGAAAUCCCGGAAGGUGAACUACGUUCUCGUUUCCUGACUGUUGGCAUAGCUGAUAGUACUGUGCGAGUGAUAUCACUGGAUCCUCAAGAUACGUUGAGUCCACUGAGUAUGCAAGCGCUUCCUUCUCAACCAGAAUCACUUCUUCUUCUGGAGACGACAAGUGAGGAUAAUAAAGGAUCGUCUACGAUUCAUCUUAACAUUGGGCUUCAGAACGGCUGUUUGUUGCGUACUACUGUGGAUAAUGUUACUGGAGAUAUGAUGGAUACUCGUACGAGAUAUCUUGGAACGAGACCGGUUCGAGUAUUCAGAGUGCGUAGUCAGAAUAGAGAUGCCGUUUUGUGCACGUCUUCCCGAUCAUGGUUACUAUACCACUACCAAAAUCGCUUCCAUCUUACGCCGUUGAGCUAUGUGACAUUGGAAUCCGCGUCAAGUUUCAGUUCGGAGCAGUGCUUGGAAGGUAUUGUCGCCAUUGCGGAGAAUACCCUGAGGAUUAUGGCUGUUGAAAAACUUGGAGCAUCGUUCAACCACAUAUCCUAUCCACUUAAAUUUACGCCACGACGAAUGAUUGUUCACCCAACGGCAACUACGCUGAUGAUGAUCGAAACCGAUCAUGCUGCCUACACAACGAUUACUUUGGAUCGAAAACGGAAUGACAUGGCUGAUGAUAUUGUUCGUCUUGCUAAUGACAUGGAAGAAGUUGAAUUGGCGAAGGAAAUCGCUGACGUACUACGGAAUAAUCGUCCUGACGAAACCGUUUAUGGUGCUGCUAAAGCGGCUCCAGGUAAAUGGGCAUCCGCUGUGCGCCUUCUGAAUGUGAAGAGCGGUGAAGUUCUAUCGUUGUUUGAACUGCCUCAGGAUGAAGCAGCGAAAUGCAUUGGUCUGGUACAAUUUGCAACACAUCAAGAUACCCUGAUGGCCCUUGUUGGUUGUACAAUAGCUCAAAGACUGGACCAGGUCGCUAGAAGUACGAGGGGUUGUAUUUAUACAUUCCUUUUGACCGCAGCUGGUGACCGCUUCGAGUUGAUACAUCGUACAGAAACGCCUUACCCAGUAAAUGCGAUUCAUGAUUUCCGAGGUUCCGCCCUUGUUGGCAUGUCGAAUCACUUGCGCCUCUAUGAGUUCGGAAAGAAGAAACUACUGGCAAAAUGUGAAAAUAAGGUUUGUGGCAUUAUUUUUAUGAUGACGCAACGACACGUGCUUCAAUUUGAAAGUGGGUAA